AUGGAGCAUCUAGUGGAGCACAUGAGGAUCUCAUAUCACUCAGUUCACGAGCCCAUGUGUGGAAUCUGCAGAAAACAUUGCCGAUCGUUUGAAUCUCUGAGGGAGCAUCUGAUAGGUCCUUUGCCAAAGGCAGAAUGUGAGAGGAUAUUCAAAGACAAAGGAUGCGAUCUCUGCUUGGCCAUCCUUAGUAGCAGCAAUGCUCUAAGGGUUCACCGAGAGACAUGCCAACUCUCACGCACUGGAGCUCUUUAUCGCAUGGCCAACUUAGGAAUUCAAGAUGACUUGAGGAUUGAUAAUAAUAGGGCAAAAGUAGUUGCACUUGCUUGCAAAAUGGUUGGCGGUGGCAGUGAUGGCUCCCUUGAUCUUUGUGCAAGGGUUUGCCUCACCGAUGAAUAUGAAAACAUGAUCUUCCAUACAUAUGUCAAACCUCCCCUUUCAGUCACCAAUUACAGGUACGAUAUGACUGGAAUACGCCCAGAAUUCUUAAGGGAUGCAAUGCCAUUAAGACAAGUCCAGAGGAAGAUUCAAGAUUUUUUAUGCAACGGGGAAACUGUAUGGAAGAUACGCUCUAGAGGUGGAACAGCAAGGAUCCUUGUAGGUCAUGGUCUGGAUCAUGACCUUAAAUGCCUAGAAAUGGAGUACCCUACCGUAAUGAUCAGGCAAGUUUCUGUGUGA